AUGUCCGAGCUCGAGAAGCUAGGCGUGCAGGCGUUGCCCGUGAAGGUAGACAUGCGCAGCCUGGACGACGUGAAGGAGUGCGUGCGGCAGACAGUGGAAAAGUUCGGACGCAUUGACAUCCUCGUCAACAAUGCCAGCGCGCUGUGGUGGCAGAGGAUCGAGGACACGCCCAUGAAUAAGUACGACCUCAUCACCCAGAUCAAUGCGCGAGGAAGCUUCGCACUGACUCAUCUGUGCCUGCCCAUCAUGGCGAAGAACGGGUACGGACGAGUGAUCUGCAUGAGCCCCCCCAUCCAGACGGACUUCCGUGCGUACAAGGGCUUCACCGCCUACAACAUCUCCAAGUUUGGCAUGACCAUGGCCCAUGGCCAUGGAGUUCGCAGCAUAGACCCUGUGAAUACCCACGCGGAUGAUUUUUGCAUCGGACCGUACGGUAAGAUGCCGCAGCGUUUGUUGCCUAGCAAGGGGAAGGAAGGAGCAGCAUGCUGUGCAUGGGAUGCGUUCCGCGGGAGGUGCCCGAUUUGUUUUGAAUCCUUCCCCGGGCAGUCUGGAAGUGUGAUAGCAGUGCGAUGCUCCCGAGCUCAUCGCUUCUGCCGCCUCUGCCUAGCCCAGCACGCCUCCACUCGGCGCUUGCCGCGCUGUCCUGGCGGAGGCUGCGACCACGAGCUGUCGGAUGAGGAGCUUGUUGAGAUCUGCGGCGAAGGUUCGGAGGCGGUGAGCAGCUUCCGAGAUGAGCUGCUGCUGCGAGCGAUCUUUGUCCUCGGGGAUGUCGUCCACUGCCCAAACCCAUGCUGCGCCUCCAUCAUCAGUGUUGAGCCCGGAAGUGGCCGGCAGCGCGUGGCAUGUUGCGACUGGCCUGCCUGGUGUACGACGUGCAGGCAACCCUACCACUACGCCGUGGACUGUUGCGACGUGCAGGCUCUCCGUGACCAGUGGCUGCAGUGGGUGUCCCAUGGGCGCUCGGUCUACAACCAGACGAAAGCACAACACGAAGAGUUCGAGCGACAGAAGAGAGCCCUGCAAGAAGCAACAGAGCGCCAUGCCGAGUUGAAGCGCGACGAGGAGUGGAAGCAGACGAACUGCCGAGAGUGUCCUCAAUGCCGGCGUGUGGUGCAGAAGAUCGAUGGCUGCAACAGCAUGGUCUGUGGCCAAGAUGCCCACGGCGGCAACCUGCAGCAGGGGUGCGGGCAUCGCUUCCAGUGGAACAAGGCGCGGGCAUACCAAGCAGCUCCUGACUCCCGUCAGCUGCCCCUGCUGAACGUAGCCGAUGUGAGAGUGCGUGGUUCCGGAGUUCGACAUCCAUUCUGCAGAUGCUCUAGAUGCAAGGAGUGCAUUGUCGGCCCACGCUUCAGAUGCAUCCACUGCCCCGACUACAACUUGUGCGCGAGCUGCGACGGCGAUGCUUCUGGGGCAGGGCGCCAUCCUGCUUCGCACGUCUUCCAGAUACUCUUCAAGCCGGAAUAUGACCUCCGAGCAUACCUUCCGGUGGGAUCGCGCGUGGUCAUCGCAGAUGGCUCCGUUUUCCAGGGCUUCGAAGGGGAAGUGCAGCACGAGAUCUGCAAGGAUGUGGCGACCUGGGUUUAG